ACUGUGAUGUAUCRAUUACAUUUUCUCACUAAUAGCGCGAUACUAAUUCUAGGAAACAUCUGUCUUUAGACAACUCCCUCAAGCUAACCAUGGAAUCUUUCCUUGAAGAUCUGAAGAAGCACGUCCAGUGUUCUUUGUGUAAUGAUACUUUAACUGAACCGAAGAUCCUUCCAUGUUUCCAUACAUUUUGUAAGCCUUGCGUCGGAAGACACGCCGAGCUCAUCGACCAAGUCAACGUCUUCAAGUGUCCUCGAUGCAAAUCACAAACUCCUCUACCAGAACCAAGCAGCGUGGAAGACCUCCAGCCAAGUUCACUGCAUUCAAGAAUCUUGAAGGGUCUGGCGUUGGCAAAGGGAGAAAAGGUUUGCUCUGUUUCUGAGAAUCAUUCUCCAGCAUCUUGGUAUUGUUUUGAAUGCGAUCAUUCACUGUGUCAAGAAUGCAAGAAGAGCCAUUCUUACUUCAUCAAAGAUCACAAGGUCGUUUGUCUGGCUGAUUUGAAGAAAGAAGAUAUUGAUUUCAUAAUAACAAGAGAAAAUCCUUGUAAAAGUCACCCUCAGCACAGGCUAGAGUCAUUCUGUGAAGACUGCGAUGACAUGAUUUGUGUGACAUGCUGGAAACACAAUCACAAGGAUCAUAAGACGAUGUCAUUAGAUAAGUUUGCUUCGAUCAAGAAAGAUGCAUUGUCAAAGCAUCUGCAAGUACUAGAGCAGUUGAAAUUAGAUGAAAAGGAACAACAGCAACAAGAAAAAAUCGCUAAAACUAUCAAACAACAAGGAGAAAAAGCAAGACAUGAAGUGAAAGAAAAGACCAAGAAAAUGAUCCAAAUUCUACAAGAAAAUGAACGAGAACUACUCAGACAAAUAGACGAGAAGUUCGACACAGCCUCAACAAACUUGAAUAUAAUUCCCCAUAUUCCAGCAGUCGAGGAAUACAUUAAGAAUAUGAUGGAAAAAGGACUGGCAAGUGAAAUGAUCAACAUUCAAGGGAAACAGUGCUCGGAGAAAUUCAUCUUCAACCCAAUUCCACUGUCAUCAAGAAUUGUCUUUAUUCCUAACCAAGAGCUGGUGCAACAAAUAGAAAAAGGUCUAGGAGAAAUACAGACGCAUUCUGAAACAGAUGACGAUGACGUGGAAAUAGAAGGAAAAGUAGAAGUAGAUAGUCAAUUGACAGCAGAGGUUCAAGUGAAUGAGAAUCAUGUAUCUAAUGGGAUGCCUCAACAGAUGAGAGUAACAGAAAGGUUUCAAAUGAAAGGUGUGCCUGAUACUCACAGUUUAACAGGCAUGAUAGCAGUGAACAGAGACAACAGCAGGCUCGCUAUAGGCGCUAGAUCUGUACAAGAUAAAGACAACUGUGAAACUUCUUCCAACUCCAGUGACUAUCAGCUAUCAACUAUUACAGACUGCAACGUCCACGUAUUUAAGACUAAUGGAGAUCUCAUACUCAGUUAUGAUUGUGAAGAGAGUGUAGAGGAACAUUGUCAUUUUCAUGGUCCCGAAAAUUUAGCAUUCCUGAAUGAUACAGAUUUAGUCAUAGCAGACUGGGGAAAUCAUAGAAUAGGUGUAGUCAACACUUUAACAGGGAAUUUGAUCAAAACUUUCGGUAACGAACGUAGCGUAUAUGACGAGUAUUUUUAUCCAAAUGGAGUACACGUUGAUGACGAUGGUAACAUCAUUGUGUGUGAUCGUGACAAUCAUCUUGUUCAAGUCUUCACAAGAGACGGUGACUAUCAAUAUCAGUUUGGUUUGACAACACAGGACAACUUUGAUCCGGUUGAUGUGAUAACACAUGAUGGACGGUUUUACGUCAGUGAUCAUUAUAAUCAUGUUAUUCAUGUAUUUGAGAAGAAAGGUAAAGUGCUGACUAGAAUAUCGACGAUUGGUGGAUACGGCAGUGAUGAUGGUCAGCUGAGUAGACCAUGUGGCCUGGCUAUUGAUAAUGACCAUCAUCUACUAGUGUGUGAUGCUGAUAAUAAUCGUGUCCAGAAAUUCACCCUGGAUGGCCGUUUUGUAGGCAAGACGGAUCCGGAAGCAAUCAACGGUCCUGUAUCUGUGGUAGUGUUGAAUGAUGGUCAGAUAUUGGUCUGUACGUCUUUUGUCGUGUGGUUUGUCGAGUAGAAAGGGUAUCGAUAUUGAUAAUGACGAUGAGCCUGGUGAUAUUUGCGCAUAAAAAAGAUUUCCAUUGAAGUUCAAGUGGGAGAGAUAGCUGUACUUAGCUUCUAUAGCCAUCGUAAAAAAGAAAUACAAUCGUAAAAGAAAUUUUUGCUUGCAUAAGUUUAAAUCUUGUAGGCAUAAACUUAGGCAUUCACUUAUAUGAACAUAAUAUGCUAAUAUAUAUAGUGCCUAUGACCUUUACUUCAAUGUUUUUCUAUGAAAAUAUGAACCAUUGUAAGAAAAAUGUUGAAAGAAUUUUUUGGUUCUGACGCAAAGCAUACAAUAUCACCUGUUCCUCGUAGUUUUUGAUAGAUAUGUCAGUAUUUUUCUGUUUUUAAUGUUUCUUAUUAGUAUUUAGUGUUCGUAAAACUAUGGAGGAACUUUAUAUGGGACUCUUGUCCUGUUCUUUCCUCCAAAUAGUGUUUUUCUU